GUGGUUUUGAGGGAAAGUUUCAUGCGAUAGUUCCGCAUUCUUGUUUGCGAAAUAUAAGUACGUAAGGUCUGGCAACAGCCCUUGGCCUUAACAGUUCGUAAAACCAGUCAAAACCUACAUGUGAAUUUAAUUUGUCAUUCUUUCCCCAGCAGGCUGGCAUUCUAUUUCUAUCAUUCGUUCAUCCUUUUCUUUUGUGCUUUCUUAUCGUCAUUCUUGGCUUUUAAUACUUUAUUGAUUUAGACAAUCCGUUCUGGAAGUUGAAUAUAAACUUUUUUACGCUAUAAUCGAGUUCAAAUAAAUUAGCAUUGUAUCUAUCUACAAGAUGGUCAAUCACAAUUCAAGAGGCUUGGUGAUGGACUUGGUGGAUGCCGGUGUAUAUGAAAAGGAUUUUGAGUUAGUUUGGGCAAACAAAAGAAAUGUUGAUGGAGGUGAUGAUGAAUCUUCUUCUCCAUAUACUCCGAAUACACCGGAUGCAUCUAGUCCUAUAGAUAAACCUAUAACAAAAUCAGAAUAUACAGGUUGUUGCGACUCAACAUCUACUGUAAGUUCUUGAUUACUUUUCAUCUUAACAUUAACUGAUGAAAUCUUAUAGACCGCAGCAUCAUCAACAGUAACGUCAAUGAGUAUUGUAACAACAAGUGCAAUCACCGCUACGUCACCUAUUCAUACACAAACCUUUCAAGACGCCUCUGAUAGGUCUACAUCGAUGACUUCCAUAUCAAGUUCAUCUUGUUUUCCUAGCAGUACAUCCUCCAUAUCGACCCCAACCAUGGACGCCCUAACCUCUUCUCCAACAUCAACUUCAAAUUUAAGCCCUAACCCAACUACAGCGAGCACAACUACUAGUAUUAUGAAUGCUACUGCUCUUAACGAAAAUAGCUCUACAUUUUCCCCGCUCCCAGAUACCCAAGGCACGUUCACAAAACAUGAACAUACAUCUUCCGCUCUGGCAGUAAUUGUGAGUGUUACAGUCGUUGUCAGUUUAAUUGCCUUGGCUGUUGUAGCAUUUCUUGUUAGGAGGAAAUUAAGGAAGCAAAGUAAGAGAAAUGAAGAAUUGGAAGAAAGGGGUGAGAAACCAGUUACGGGGGUGGAAGCAGGAAUGGGUAUCAGGAAGAACGAAAACGGAGGUAGUGGGGGAGAUACCGAAGCGCCUCGGCCCGAGAUGAAGAGGAAUCCGUCAGUUUCCGUGUCAGAAGCCGGAAACGAAGCAACAUUGGAUCGAGCGGAAAUGGAAACUGUAAGGGCACGCUCAACAAUAAGUUCAGGAUGGGGAGAUGGACUAUCUAUUCAUUCACUCGAAUUGAAUGAAAGUGAACCAGUUCAAGGUUUGAGCAUCCGUCCUCAAACCCGAUCGCCUCCCGGUCGAAAUGAAUAUGAUAGCGACAUAAACUCUUAUUAUGAGGCAACGAAACACGGCCACGAUCCCUUCGCCGAUCCGGAACCUGAAAAUGGAAAUUUAAAUAUGGUUCCGGGGUUUCAACCAAUCAAUUUACGAAAUUUGGAUUUCGACAAAUAUCGGAGUGAUACAAAUCCAACUUCUCCUGGAGAUUUGACGAGAGAUUAUCUUCGAAAUAAAAAUGCAAUAUUAAGUGGAAGGAGGGAACCAAGUGUCACGAGUGAAACGGAUAUAUUAGAAAGGCAACGGGAAAUGGAGGGGGGAGAUAGUGGUGAAAUUACUGAACAGCCGAGGGCAGGAAGGUGGUCGAAUCCUUUUACGGCGAGGGAGAAGAGAGGGACGAGAGCAUAUGAGGAAAUGGGUGGGGAGGAAAGAAGGGAAGGUAGGUGGAGAGAUGCGAGGAGUUGGGUUAAGGGGCAGGUGGAGAGGGUUAAGGAUAGGUGAUUUAGCCUUUGAUGGAAUUGUGGUGGAGGUUGUAAUGUGAAGAUAGACGUAUGAUUGGAUGAGAGUGAUAAAGAUGGAUGGGUGGAAUAGGAUGGGAUGGGAUGGGAUUGCAUGAUUUUGAAUGUCCGAAUGAGGAGGGGAUAUAUGAGGAUGAGGAUGAGUAUGAGGAUGAGGAUGAGUAUGAGGAUGCGGCCCGGGACUAACCUAACCGAUUGUGUAUACUUUGUAUAUAUGUAUAUAUCUCAAUAGAAAAAAUUUAA